GGUAUUCAGCUCGGUAGGGCUGGUCGCGCGCCGAAAAAAAAGGCGGGAAAAAUCAGUGGAGUGACUUUUUAUUAUCUUAGUGUGUGAUAAAUCAAAAUGUCACCAAAAAAAGCAGCUGACGAAGAAUGCGAAGACCUAAAAGCGGACGUGGAAGUCGAAGGGGGCAACGAUGCCGGAGCCCUGGAGGCCAAAAUGUCCCUCCUCAACGGAUGCACAGUUAUCGUGGGGUCCAUUAUCGGGAGUGGCAUCUUCGUGUCUCCGACUGGGGUACUUAAAGGGACAGGUUCGGUGAACGCUAGUCUUCUUGUCUGGGUGGCCUCUGGAAUCUACAGUAUGAUCGGCGCCUACUGCUACGCAGAACUGGGAACCAUGAUUCGUCAGAGCGGCGCGGACUACGCAUACAUAAUGGAGACUUUCGGACCGUUCGCUGCUUUCGUUCGGCUGUGGAUCGAAUGUAUGAUCGUCAGACCUUGCUCGCAGGCGAUAGUUGCGCUAACGUUCAGUGUGUACGUGCUAAAGCCGAUCUUCCCCGAGUGCGAGCCUCCGACGGAAGUGACCAGGCUACUGGCUGCCUGCUGCAUACUGCUCCUGACCUUCAUAAACUGCUGGUCCGUCCGAGCUGCCACGCGCGUGCAGGACUGGUUCACGUACGCCAAGCUCCUGGCGCUGUUCAUCAUCAUCGGAGGAGGCAUCUACCAGCUGUGCAGAGGUCAAACGCAGCAUUUCACGUUCGAGGGGACGUCAAGUGACGUCACAUCUAUUUUUCUCUCGUUUUACUCCGGACUCUUCGCUUAUAACGGAUGGAACUAUCUGAACUUCAUCAUCGAAGAGCUAAAAGACCCCGUCCGGAACCUGCCGCGCGCCAUCGGUAUCUCCGUCGCUUUGGUCACCAUCGUGUACACUUUCACCAAUGUCGCUUUCUACACCACGCUCUCUCCCACGGAGAUGUUAGGAACCCCAGCAGUAGCUGUGAUGUUCGCUGAGCGCUUGUUCGGAGCGUUUGCGCUCUCCAUUCCGCUGUUCGUUGCAGCAUCUACUUUUGGCGCUGUCAACGGCGUGCUUCUGACUUCUUCUCGUCUGUUCUACGCCGGCGCGGCCCAAGGCCAAAUGCCAGAGAUGUUAACCAUGGUAUCUUCUCGAGCGACGCCCGCGCCCGCCGUGCUCGCCGUGGCGCUGUUGUCCUUGAUGUACCUCAUGAGCUCGGACAUCUUCGUGCUUAUCAACUACGUCGGCUUCGCUACCUGGUUGAGUAUCGGCGCAGCGGUGGUGUGUCUGCCCGUGCUGCGGUGGACGCGGCCCGAACUUGAGCGCCCCAUCAAGGUCAACCUCUUCUUCCCCGCUAUAUACAUCAUCGCGACUCUUCUGGUGGUGAUCGUGCCAGCGAUAGCGUCCCCCGCGGAGACCGGCAUAGGCUGUCUCAUGAUCCUUACUGCCGUCCCUGUCUAUCUUUUGCUACUGCACCCUCGUACCAAGGUGCGGGGCCUGGCGUCUCUCACCACGGCAGCAACUCAUCUUAUACAAAAGCUGACAUUAGCAGUUAGACCAAAAACGAAGUGAACGGCUCACCGACGCAAGAUUCUCGCUCACAUAUCCGACCAUUCCCAAUGCAUUCCAGUGAUCAAAGAACUAUCAAAUGUAGGUAAUAUAAGAAAUAAUUUAAACCACAAAAUCACGAUUAGCGUAGGCUUCCAAACAAAAAAAAAUAUAGACGGCCGUUUUCAUUGUCUCUGGUAACUUUAGUCAUGUCAGUAUAAAAAAAAUUGUCAAUGUUGCCAGUGUUCUAUUUCAUGUUAGGAGAGUUUGGCAAGCAUUUUCCGUAAGUGGAAAAAGACGGCAAAUUUGAAUUUUGGCGUAGGAUCGGAUUUUCAUACAAAAUUUGAAUUUCGCGCUUUUUCUACUUACAAAGUGUGUUUGCCAGAGUAUAGUUUAAAUGGCCAUAUAAAUGUGCUUUUAUAAUAUUUAUCAAAUUUUAAUAUACGAACACUGAAUGUAAUGAUAAAAAUAUCUGAGGUGUUUUUAUAUUAGCGUUUAUGUAAAUGUAAGUCUUGUUGACUGUUGUCAAAUUUAAAUAGGUACAUGUCUUUAGGAUGACAUUGGUAACUUAAUGUAAGUUAAAAGGGUUUUUAGGUACCAUCACUACCAUCUCAUUAUGAGUAAUUUCAAGUACAUUAUUUUAUAAUAGUAUUACAUUUAACAUAUAUACAUAAAAGCGGACUUAAAUAGGUUUGUAUGGUUUAUUCAUAAAACCUAUUGGGACCAUCAUCUCAUGUUUAGAUGAGUUUUGAAGUGUUCUAUUCUAUUUCAUGGAAAGAGCAUGGAACAAUUUGAAUUUGAGAUUCAAACUGAGCUGUAAUCUCAUUGUAACGCUUUAUUAUUUUUAUGACCUCGAAAAUGACAAUACUUUCAUAAUUUUGUAUUAUAACUGGUAGCUUUUAUAUGUAUCUCAAUUAUAAUUGAGAGAUUAGGUACUAACAGGCAGUUGUAAAAUACAUAUUUAGACGAAACAUAAUAUAUAUCAAAAGGCGUUUAAUUCAUGGUCCUUCGAACCGGAAAUAGUAUUUUUAAAAACCUUUACAGACCUUUUUAAAACCACCUAUGAAAGUAUGAAGUCGUAAAAUGAAAAUGAGACUUGGCCUCCGACACAAGACAGCGCCCUUUUUCUCGCUUCUGCGCUAUUUCUUGCCAAUUGUUGACUCGGAGUUCGGGCAGAUCCGCCUCCACACUUACUUUUAGACAUGUAAAAGGGGAAAAGUGUGGUGCUUGUGACAUUCGAGCCGUUUUUAGUUUUUAACAACUGUCUGUAAGUACAGGUUUGUAGCUGGUAGCAGUACCUAUACUAAGAGCAACAGAGCAUAGAGAUGUUUGACCAGGCUCGCUCAUUGGAUGCAUAUUUAAAAUAAUUAUUACGAUAUCAUGGGCCCAUUUCAUGAAAACUUGUAAAUUUAAAUGCAUGCAGUCUUUUAUUUUAGUAAAAGAAAUUAUAAAAAAACAACCUUUAAUUUAAUGAAACGAGCCCUAAGUCUAAUCGAAUUAAAUGUUAUACUUUAAAGUGUGAUCGUGCGUGAAUCAUUUGUCUAUAUUAUUUCCAAAAAAAAAAUUAUGUAGAUGAUGGGAGUCACUUUCUGAUAAAAUAUAUCUGUAAGUUUAAUGGUGGUUGCCAUGUUUUAUUUUGUCAAGUAAUAAUAUUUUUUGGCUGUGCCUACUUUUUUAAGUCUCCCAAAGAUUCAUCUCGUGUGUUAAUAUUUUUUAUAAGAUUAGUGUAAGUACAUGUAUUUUUUUUUAACUAUUUUUUAUGCUUUUUGAUAGAUUAUUUUGUUUGUAAUUUUGUAUAUAACGAAGAAAGACAUACGGAACAUUCCAAAAUACAACUGCCUCAAUUUGAAAUUGUUGGUAUUUUUAAUUAAAUAUAUUAAAAUAGAUAUUUAAGGUUGUAACAUGAAAAUGUUGCUUUUGCUCAUUUUAUUUUAAAACGGUGAGAUUGUAUUAUAGUCAGACACACAUAGUAUAAAUGUGGAUUAUGUUAUUUCGACAAGUUUUAUGCAGCAUUUUAGCUGUAUCAUUAAAAAACAUUUUUUUGUGUCCUUACUACAUUGUAACAAAUUGCUUACUAUGUACGCUUAUUUGCUACUCGACUAUAUAGGUAUAUAAAACAAUAUUACAUCAGCGUUUUCUCAUACCACAAUUGCAUUGGUUUGUACUAUGUAUAUUUAUUAUUGAUUAAAAAAACUGUAGACGAAAAGUCGUACUAAUAAAAGAAUUAAAAUAAAUUGACUCGUAAAGAGGGAACAAACCUAUUUAUUUUCACUUGUUACUAUGUAACACUUGCAUUUGUUUCUGUCUGCACUCACAUUUAUGAAUUAAAUCAAUUACUAUACUAAGUGUAAUGUUAUAUGUCGCCGUAUGUGUUGCAUCGGAUGUACUCGCAGGAUCAACACAGUAUGACAAUAAUAAAUUGUUAAACCAACA